GUUAGGAAACAACAAGGAAAUUUGUCAAGCAACGUCCCCAUGAUACCAGGAGAUAUUGGUAAACUGAAAGUGGGUGAGAAAGAAACGAUUUAUGGUGGGAGAUGUGGGUCUACAAUGGUUGAAUCUGAUACUACAGUGGAGAACUUAUUAACUAAGGUAUUUCAGAGAGAGGAUGAGCCUAAAAAAUCAGUUGGGCCAGAAUUAAUGGUGACCCAAAUAUCAGAAAUGGGAUAG